UUCACAAUUGGCAUCCGUGCGCUGGAGGCUCUCCCUUGGCCGGUACGGUACCUGCUCCUUUUGCUUCUCGGGGAGGGCUUGAAGCCGGAACGCUCGUCCCGUGGGCUUGCCUUCAGUGGGGGACAAGCGUGAAUCAUCCUCGCUAGCAGAGCUUAGUCAGGGCGGGUGGUUGGAGAAGCCGCCGGAAAGACAAGCUUUUCUCUCCCCCCCCCUUCUGUCUGUCUCGCUCUGAAAUCUGGAAGUGAAGCUUGGGAGGGAGGCGGAAGCGCGCUCUCCUCGCGUUGGGAGAAGAACUCGAUCCACGCCCCAGGCAGGCAGAUAGAGAAGGCCUUUCCUGUGAGCCCCGAGCCAUCUCGGACGGUCCUAGCCCGGGUGUCCACCCCCACCUCCCAGCGCGCGGCUGAUGUGCACGAAGAUGGAGCAGCUUUUCUACCCUGACUCCUUUUUCUCCGGCUACAGCCAGGACUACAAGGCGCUGAAGUCGGGCAUGGCUUUGAACCUGUCGGCCGAGCCGUUCCGCGGCCUGAAGUCCCAGCUUCCCCAUCACCUCCGCGGCCAAGAAGACAGCCCCGCUGGCUACUUUCCGGGCUCGCUUCAGCAACAGUCGGCUGAAACGGCGAGCUCCUCGCUUAAGCUGGCUGCCCCGGAGUUGGAGCGCCUUAUAGUUCAGAACAGCAACGGCGUGAUCACCACCACUCCCACGCCCCCGGGACAAUACUACUACCCGCGGGGAGCCACCGAAGAGCAAGAAGGCUUCGCUGACGGCUUCGUCAAGGCGCUGGAUGAUCUCCAUAAGAUGAACCACAUGCCACCCCCCAAUGUUUCGAUCGGGGCCGCGGUAGCAGCUUCGUCGGCCAGUAGUGGCUAUGGUGCUUCCCUUCCUCAGGAGCCGCCUCCGAUCUACACCAACUUGACCAGCUAUAACCCCACCGGCUCCCUGAGUACUACGUCCAGCUUCCCCAGUGCCAACCUGAGCUACAUGCCGCAGCCUCACGGCCUAGCUUUGCCCCACCCCGCGCGGGGCUUCAAAGAGGAGCCCCAGACUGUGCCGGAUGUGCAAAGCCCGCCCGUGUCUCCCAUUAACAUGGAAGAUCAGGAGCGCAUCAAGGUGGAGAGGAAGCGGCUGCGCAACCGCCUGGCCGCCACCAAAUGCAGGAAGAGGAAGCUGGAGCGCAUCGCUCGGCUGGAGGACAAGGUGAAGAGCUUAAAGAACGAGAACGCGGGACUGUCUAACACUGCCAGCGCGCUCCGAGACCAGGUAGCGCAGCUGAAGCAGAAAGUAAUGAAUCACGUGAACAACGGCUGCCAGCUCCUCUUGACGACCAAGAUGCAGCAGUCCUUCUGAUGCGGUGAGGAACCGGGCAGAUCGCCGUCAUCUCAAAGACUUUUUCCGCCG